UCGGGGGGACUUCUGUGCUGUGGCGGCGUGAACUCCUGUACACCUGCUCCCGGACACCGACUGAGGCCAGAUCAUGGCCCUCCACCCUCGAAGAGUCCGACUGAAGCCCUGGCUCGUGGCCCAGGUGGACAGUGGCCUCUACCCUGGUCUCAUCUGGCUACAUAGAGAUUCUAAGCGCUUUCAGAUCCCCUGGAAACACGCCACACGGCACAGCCCCCAACAAGAGGAAGAAAACACCAUCUUUAAGGCUUGGGCUGUGGAGACUGGAAAGUACCAGGAAGGAGUGGAUGAUCCCGACCCUGCUAAAUGGAAGGCUCAGCUCCGCUGUGCUCUCAACAAAAGCAGGGAAUUCAACUUGAUGUAUGAUGGCACCAAGGAGGUGCCCAUGAAUCCUGUGAAGAUCUACCAAGUGUGCGACAUCCCUCAGCCCCAGGGCUCUGUCAUUAACCCAGGAUCCACAGGGUCGGCUCCUUGGGAUGAGAAAGAUAAUGAUGUGGAUGAAGACGAUGAGGAGGACGAGCUUGACCAGUCACAGCACCACGUCCCUAUCCAGGACACCUUCCCAUUCCUGAACAUCAAUGGUUCUCCCAUGGCACCAGCUAGCGUGGGCAACAACUGCAGUGUGGGCAACUGCAGCCCUGAGUCCGUGUGGACCAAAACAGAGCCUCUGGAGAUGGAAGUGCCCCAAGCACCCAUUCAGCCCUUCUACAGUUCUCCGGAGCUGUGGAUCAGCUCUCUCCCCAUGACUGACUUGGACAUCAAGUUUCAGUACCGUGGGAAAGAGUAUGGGCAAACCAUGACGGUGAGCAACCCUCAGGGCUGCCGGCUCUUCUAUGGGGACCUGGGCCCCAUGCCUGACCAGGAGGAGCUCUUUGGUCCCGUCAGCCUGGAGCAGGUCAAGUUCCCGGGUCCAGAGCACAUCACCAAUGAGAAGCAGAAGCUGUUCACCAGUAAGCUGUUGGAUGUCAUGGACAGGGGACUGAUUCUGGAGGUCAGCGGACACGCCAUCUAUGCCAUUCGGCUGUGCCAGUGCAAAGUGUACUGGUCUGGGCCGUGUGCCCCCUCGCUCGCUGCCCCUAACCUGAUUGAGAGGCAGAAGAAGGUCAAGUUGUUUUGUCUGGAAACAUUCCUGAGUGAGCUCAUUGCCCACCAGAAAGGACAGAUAGAGAAGCAGCCACCGUUUGAGAUCUACCUGUGCUUCGGGGAAGAAUGGCCGGAUGGGAAGCCCCUGGAGAGGAAGCUCAUCUUGGUUCAGGUCAUUCCAGUGGUGGCUCGGAUGAUCUACGAGAUGUUUUCUGGCGAUUUCACCCGGUCCUUCGACAGCGGCAGCGUUCGACUGCAGAUCUCCACCCCAGACAUCAAAGAUAACAUCGUAGCUCAGCUCAAGCAGCUGUACCGCAUCCUUCAAACCCAGGAGAGCUGGCAGCCCUUGCAGCCUGCCCCCAGCAUGCAGCUGCCCCCUGCCCUGCCUGCCCAGUGAUCCCGAUUGCUGUGUGUGUCCUCUUCUCUCCUGUCUCUUUUUUAUAUUGUACAGAUGGAUUUUUUUUAUUCACAUUUAACCAACUUCUAAGUCUCCUUUCUCUAACAACAUUAGAGGUCUGUGACUUUCCAAAUAUGCCUAGUUUUAAAGUUGCUCUAAUUUAUCAAGAUCCCAUCCCUCUGAGGGGUUCCUUUUAGAUCUUCCACAGUGGGUGCAGGAGAGAUUUGAUUUGGGAGUUUAGACACCAGAGUUCUAGCUGCAGCUUCCACGAGGCAGGUCAUGUGACUUGAGGGCUUCAGAUGUAUUGCUUGUAAAUAAAUGAGGUUUGGGGUGAUGCCCUGCUGCACUCUGCCUUAAAACUCUGACUUGAUUACAUUCCUCUACUUUCACAAGGCAAAACUGCCUGGAACAGGACCCUCCUGUAUUUUUCUUACACCCGCCCCCUUGCUUUCAUCAAAGUUCCUCAAGCACUGAUCUGUCCUGAACUGAGCUGUGUUUGACUUGUUCUGCUGGUACAGUAGGCUGGCUCCCUGCUGGGAAAAGGAAGGAGAGGAGCUGACUGGUUGGCUAGAAACCCGUCUGAUAACUGAAUAGAAAUGGGUGCCAAGGUCUGAAAGUCACCCAGCCUGUGGCGUUAAAGCUCAUAAAGUGAGCGUCAAAGGGGAAGCUGGUGACAUGGAAAGCCUAGAGAUUCCGUGAAAGAAUGGUUGCCAGGUGUUUGUCUUCUCCCCACUCAUGCCACCUGCUCUGUGGGGUGGAUGAGCGCACCUGACUCCAUGGUGGACUCAGGGUGGAAGGUCUCCUUUUUCUCAGUUCCUUCUCUGAAGACGACCUGGAGGGAGCUAGGCACCUAGGAUAUACUAUUCUGACGACAAAAGGGAUGGUUCUUGUUUACGAGGGUCUUCCUGACAUUUGGGUUUUUCCAAUGGGAAGAAUGAGGUGUUAGGUUUGUUAACAGUUUGGGCAGUGCUCUUCUGGGAAGGGCUCAGCCCAACUUCAAUCUCUGGCUGUGAACAAUGGAGAUAAGCCACGCAGAGCACUGCAGCUGGGUUUCAGUGUCUGCCCCAGCCACUUCUUAGGAUUUGAACUCCAAGACUCAGAUGAAAAGCGAUGUGGAUCUCCGGUUAUAGGCCCUAUCCUCUUGAAUACUGAUGUCUAUUUGUGUGCACAUGUGUAUAGUCUGCUGCCCUUAAACUAAGAAUCACACCUCCUGUUUUUCAAGCCACUGAAAGUUGGGAUGGAUUUAAAGUCUAAAAGCUCAACCUGAUCUUGGGUGACCAUGAGGCUUACUUAGGAUGCUGAAGCUUUGGUUUAAAACCCUUUGAGAGAUUGUUAAAAGAAAGGUGACUGUGGAGGCUGG